AAUCGAAGUUAUCGAUACCGCUAACACAUGAUAAAAGCACCGUUAAAGUUCUUAAAAGACCAUAAAACUGUAAAUAAUAAAGUGAAAAGAACAUGCCAAGUGAAAUAAUUACAUUGCAAUUAGGCCAAUGCGGCAACCAGAUUGGCUUCGAGUUUUGGAAGCGCCUUUGCCUAGAACAUGGCAUUUCCCCCGAAGGCGUUCUCGAGGACUUUGCUGCCGAUGGCCACGAUCACAAGGAUAUUUUUUUCUAUCAGGCAGACGACAAUCAUUAUAUACCACGUGCUGUUCUAAUUGAUUUGGAGCCUCGCGUCAUUCACAACAUUAUGAGCUCACCCUAUGCCAAGCUCUACAAUCCGGAGAAUGUUUAUUUGUCGAAGCAUGGCGGCGGCGCUGGCAACAACUGGGCAUCUGGGUUUAGCCAAGGCGAAAAGGUCCAAGAGGAAGUCUUUGAUAUUUUGGAUCGCGAGGCCGAUGGCAGUGACUCUCUGGAAGGCUUUGUGCUUUGUCAUUCCAUAGCGGGAGGCACUGGCUCAGGCAUGGGAUCGUAUCUGCUGGAAAGAUUGUCAGAUCGCUUUCCCAAGAAGCUGAUACAAACGUAUAGCGUGUUUCCCAAUCAGGAUGAGAUCAGCGACGUUGUUGUGCAGCCCUAUAACUCGAUACUGACGCUAAAGCGGCUCACCAAGUGCGCCGACAGUGUUGUUGUGUUGGACAACACAGCUUUGAAUCGGAUUGCCACCGAGCGGCUUCACAUACAAACUCCCACAUUCACACAGAUCAACAAUCUGGUGUCCACGAUCAUGAGUGUGAGCACCAGCACCUUACGUUAUCCUUCGUAUAUGAAUAACAAUCUUAUUGGACUGACGGCACCUUUGAUUCCCACUCCACAACUACACUUUCUGAUGACAGGCUACACCCCAUUAAUCACUGAUCACGAGACAAAAACAAAUGUGCGCAAGACAACAGUUCUGGACGUUAUGCGUCGCCUGCUGCAGCCAAAGAACAUGAUGGUGUCUUCCACAGCCGACAAGAGUCACUGCUACAUCUCCAUUCUUAACAUAAUACAGGGCGAGGUGGAUCCCACCCAAGUGCACAAGUCACUGCAACGCAUUAGGGAGCGAAAGCUGGCACAGUUUAUUCCCUGGGCUCCGGCUAGCAUCCAGGUGGCAUUGUCAAGAAGUUCACCCUAUGUGCAGUCGGCGCACAAAGUGUCUGGUCUGAUGAUGGCUAAUAACACGGGCAUCAGUGCUCUCUUCAAUCGUGCUCUUCUCCAGUACGACAAGCUGAGAAAGCGCAAUGCAUUUCUUGAACAAUUCAGGCGAGAGGCCAUCUUCCAGGAUGAUCUAAACGAACUGGAUUUGGCCCGCGAUACUGUUGACAGCCUAAUACAGGAAUACGUGGCUGCUACCAAAAUGGACUACAGAAACUGGAGUCCCGUUGCCAACGGUGCGAAGCCAUAAAAAUUCUAGUAGGCACAUUUCGGAUCUUGGCCUACUGCCAUUCAAAAUGUCCCUCAAGGGAUUCACAACUUUCGUAAAGCGUUAUCUCUAUUGUGGAGUCCGUCGAACCAUCGAGAUUUAUGGAUUUUUACUUGGCGUGCAAAUCUAAUAUUGAAAUCGGCUUGAAGCCAUUGCAAAUAUAAACAUGUUUUUAAAAUGCGGCCAAUAAAUUUGGCGAUAAAAUGAAAACACUAAAAACAUUCCCAUGUACAACAAAAAAGAACUUUAAAGUUAAAGAUAAAAUGCAUAUCUACUGGUUAGCAACAAUAAAUGAAAAUAAAUAAAUUAUUAAAAUAAAA